AUGCAUAUCCAGCACCACAACACCCCGUCUUACCACCCCAGAGUCAACCCCACCGAGCCCAUGAACCAGGACUUGAAGAUCCAACUCCGACUCCGACUGAAUGACGUCCACACGAAGUGGGACCAACACCUCGCCGACGCCCUGUUCUGCACCCGCUGUCGUGUGAACGCAGCCACUGGCCACACGCCCGCCGAGAUGGUGCAAGGAAGUAACCUGCACCUCCCAGGCGAAUGGGCCACCUUCGGGACACUGCACGAUGGAGAAGGGACAGAGGAACGCGACCAGUGCAGGAAGAACAUGUAUGAAGACGCACGACGACGACAAAUGACCUACUCGCAGAAGAUCACCCCCAAGACUAUAAGGGAGCCACCCCUAGUCCGAGCGGGAGACCAGGUCUACGCCCGGGUGCACCCGCUGUCGGCAGCCCCCCGCAACUACUGCGCCGGAUUGUCACCACGCUGGAGCGGGCCUUACAAAAUCCAGAGACGCGUGGGCAGGACCGCAUAUCUUUUCAGACUCAGGGGGCGGCGCAUCCAGAAGAUCCACCACGAUGAUCUACGACUGGCCACAACACCGGGUGAGUGUAUGCUGGAAGAACCCAAACAUGACGAGACACACAACGACAUGCACGACGACGAACAACCGGUAGCAGACGAGCCCGAACCGGCUACCAGAGAGCAUGACCACGACAUCCGAACCAGGACACCAUAA